AUGCAGACCCAUGUUCCAGUUCCGCGACCUGCUUACUCCCAAGCCCGGGAGAACCUGGUAAGGGUGAUCCCGCCCAAGCUUCUGUGUCUGCUGGCCUGCGGGGGCGUGGACUGCCGUUAUGAGGGACCAGAGUGUUGGAAAGCAAACCAGCAGGUCAUCCGAGGCGUUUUCUCAUCAUGGGUGACUGAUGACAUCAUUGCCAUGGCACGACCAUCCAAACUCUUGAUUGACAAGUAUGACAUCAUUGAGCAAUUCCAACGAUUAAACAUUAGAUCCAUCAUAAACAUGCAAAUGCCAGGAGAGCAUGCUCACUGUGGACCCCCCCUGGACCCCAAAAGUGGCUUCACAUACUCACCCCAGACCUUCAUGGAGAAUGACAUUUACUUCUACAACUUUGGGAUGCCAGACUUCUGCGUGUCUUCCCUGGUCAACAUAAUAGAUGGGGUAAAGGUGCUGGGCUUCGCGGUGGGGGAAGGCAGGGUUGCUGUGCACUGCCACGCAGGCCUGGGCAGAACAGGUGUCCUGAUAGCCUGCUACUUAAUCUACACUUUGCGCAUCAGUCCCAGCGAGGCCGUCCAUUAUGUGCGCAUCAAGAGGCCUCGCUCCAUCCAAACCCGAGCGCAGAUCAGCCAAGUGUUCGACUUUGCUCGGCUCCUCAGCGCGCAGCUGGUUCAGUACCCAGACCUCAGCCUGCGACACGGAUCCCCCGUCACCCUGCAGCACUACCUCAACCGCCAAGCGCUCCUGCUGCACGGCCAAGAGGCUCGCACGCUCAGAUACAUACCCAAGGUGGUGUACCUUUUGUGCAUGCACAUCUCCUGUUUGUCGAUGGGACUACCUGCAGCUCCGGAGAUACACGCUGAACUGGAGAAGAGAUCAGAACUGAGGAUUUUGACCAGAGUGGUGAGGGAGACCCUGGUGUCCAAACAGUUCCUGCCCUUGCUGCGCCAAGAUCACAACAUCGCACGGGUGGGCUCUGUGUCCUCCUGGGAUGGGCAGCUAGGAUUCUCAGAGAGAAACAGGGACUUGCUUUGGGACAAACGCAGCUACAGUGACUCUGACCUCAGCAUGAUGGCGGAUCUGGAGAUGAGUCCCUGGCUUGCAAAGGAUGCCAUAGGAUCGGAACUGAGACCAGUGAGCUCCAAGACUACCCCACCUUCAUUACACCUCACCACCAACAACCGUGCUCAAACACGCGCUAAGCAGCCGAGCAAAAGCUCUGGUAGGAUGUUUAAGUCUACGGUCAAAAAGGAUCAAUCCAAGUACAGCUCCAACAUUGAGUUGUGCAGAAGCACACACAACGUGCACCCGACCUCGGUGGCUCGUGCCAUUGCCAAGGCAAUGGCAGACCAAAGUCCACCAGAAGAAUCCAUUCUACAGCGGUCGUCUCUUUUACAGGAGGAGCUGAACAGCAGUGAAUGUGGCUGGGCUCUUUUGGUGACCGAGACGAAUCCUCAGGUUCUCACGUGCCUGCUUUGGACCUGGCUUGAGAAGCUAAAAGAUCCCGUUCUUGGUGCCGAGGAUAUAGUAAGAUUGAGUUGUGUGGAACCUAACAGGAAGCCUUUUUGUGUGCUCAAGAAGCCACAGAGGCACACCAUCUAUUGUCUGCUGAGCUGUGUCAACAAAGUGACCAGCCUGUGUCCGCAUAGAGAAGAUGCCGUGCUGCAGCGACUGAUACGAGCACUGACAAAGCGACCUCAAGAGGAAAUCGAAAGCCUUGCACGUUUACUGAAUCUCAUUAGGGCCCAUUUGAGGGAGAACUUUCUCAACAAUUGUUAAAUCCGGUGGGCCUGGAGCUGGGACGCUACACUUUGAAGUGGACCAAUUGUCAAUUCGAUCAUUCCGACAAAGUUCUUUUUCUUCUUUUGACCACAAAUGGGAAAAUAAACUUGUUGGUGUGAUAGUGGUGCUUUUAUAACAAUAUUAAAUUACCCCGUG